AUGAGUAUCCCAAUCCAGACAACACCGCCCGACUCCAACGCGGCCUAUAUCAUCGACCAGCUCGAGGGCGAACGCAUCAGUAUCCCUGGAAGCAAGGGUGUCUUUAGGAUUCUCGCCUCAUCAAAACAAACCAGCGGAGGAAUUGCCGUCUUCACAAGUGGUGCCGUGCUAUCAGAUGCCCCAGGCUUUCACUGGCACGCGGAGGCCCACGAUGUCUUCCUUGUUACCAAGGGAUUCCUGAAGCUCUGGAACGGCGACAAGUGCAGGAUCAUGGGCCCAGGCGACUUCGCGUACAUCCCUCCAAAAAUCAUCCACAACCCCGAGCUGAUAGGCCCACAUACCGAGACCCUGGGUCUGAUCGCCCCGGGCGACUGGGUGGACUUCUUCAGGUACGUGGGCGAGACGUACAACGGCAUCAUUGUGCCCGAAUCCGACGACCGCGACAUCAAGAGCUUGCUCAUCCCCAAGGUGAUGGCCGCCAAGGACCGCUUCGACGUCAACUUUGUGCGCGACUACGACCCGCCCGCGGUCGGCGAGUGGCUCGACUCCGAGAACAUCCUCCCGGAUCCUCUGACCCCGUACUUCCUCCGUGCCAACACCGGGCCGAGACAGAUCCUCGGGGGCGUCUUGUCCAGGCCGUUCAUCUUCGCUUCUCAGUGUAGCGGGAAAUUCGCUAUUUCUAGCAUCGAGUCUUCGAACCAGUAUGGCUCGUCUCCGUUCGCGCAGCAAUGGCUGACCUUUAAAAAUGUGCAUCACUGUUUUACUGUCCAAGAGGGCAUCCUGAAGGUCAAGCUCAAGGAGGAGAGCUCCGAUAAGUGGAACAAGGUCAGGGAAGGACAGACGCUUUUGGUGCCCGCAGGGAAGGCAUUCGUUCUUGACUUCGGAAGCCGGUUUGUGAGAGCUAUCACAUUCACGAAUGGACCCGGACUGGAAGAGGUUGUCAAGUUGGCCGGCGCCGAUUGCCCAGCCGUUGUCCUGCCAGAUACGGCGGCUGCGUAUGAGCGUAGUAAACUUCAAGACGUGUUAGGUCAAGUCGGCGUCGUUGUAGAGAAUCUUUAG